GUCUAGCACACAAACGCUAGAACCCAUAACCAGAGAGAGAGAGAGAGAGAGAGAGAGAGAGAGCGCACACACACACACAGAGAGAAGAACAACACAAGAAAAACCACACCGAGGGUAAAACAAAUCCCAGAAUCACCAAACAAUUUUCACUCAGACUCUCCUUAAUCAGUCGAAAUUUCACGUUGUUCUUGUUCUUGUUCUUGUUCUUGUUUCUGUUGUUGUUCUCGUUAACGCUUCGAAUCAAGACGCUUUUGAUCAAAUACCCAUUAUUGCUUUGGGUUUCGUUUUGGAUCGCUGUGCACUUGCUGAAUUUGGGAAAUUCCCCUAGGGCUAUGAUCAGAGAGUGUGAUUGAAGGGGAAAAUACUCUGCUUGCUCCUUUUUCUGAAAUGGGCAUGAGCUCUGAUCUUUUCACUGAUUCAAUUUGUGGACUUGGAGCUGCUGCUGCUGCUGCUUCCAUGCUUGUGUACUUGCACUUGGUGAUUGCUUAAAAUGGUGCUUAACUUUACUUCUUUGAGCAUGGAAGAAGAUUGCCUAUAUCAUUAACAGUGAUCAGGAUUUUGUUAAACCGUUUUUCGACUCGGUGAAAAGGGGACUUGGACUUCCAUUUUUUCUGUGUUUUCCUUCUUCUGUUUGUCUUUGCCGGGGGGAUGGUUUUGGUAAAAGCAUUCUUUGUUGGUCCUUAGGUAGCUGAUAAUAGCUGAUUUCAGUGGCAGUUCUUUGGAUUGACAUAGCUAAUCUGAGUUUAAAACGGCGCCUUAGGGUGUUCCUAAAGUGAAGCUGGUUGCGGAUGUGUUGAGUCAUAAACCGUUCUGUUAGGACUUUAAAUAGUUUGACUGAGUGGUUGCUGUGCUGGUUGCAUUGAUUUUGAAUCAAUUUCCAGUAGUAUAUUUUGGGCUAUUUGAAUAACUUGGUGAAGGAAAAUAAUAGACCUUGGUGGUUUUCAUAAUUUGUAUUUGUAAUGAGUAAGGGGCUUGUAGAGGAAUGUUAAAGCUGGAACUGAAUAUUGUGACAUGGUGCAUGGGCAGGAGCAUAGUUGCUGGUUCGUUCCCUUUCUAAGCACUCUCGAAUUUGGGAAGAUUUUGCACUAGGCGCAUCUGUAUUUUGUGCAAUGUCGCGCUGCUUUCCAUUUCCACCACCAGGAUAUGAAAAGAAGACUAGAACAGACGAAGUUGACUUGUUAAAAAAGGAAAAGCGGAGAGAAAAAAAGCAUAAAAAAGAUAAGAAGGACAAAGAGAAGAAGGAAAGUAAGGAAAAGAGAGAGAAAGACGGAAAGGAUGGAAAGCAUAAGGAAAAGGAAAAAAAGGAAAAACACAGAGACAAGAAGAAAGAUAAGGACAAGGGAAGAGAUAGGGAUAAAAAUAAAAUCAGUACUGCAGAUGACAAAGGAUUUUCUGGACAAGGUGGGGAUCACAAUGUAUCUAGUAUCCCAAAGGAAAUCAAGCAAAGUGGUAAUAAGGGUAUCUUGUUUGAGAAUAAACUUGUCAAACAGUAUCCUGGUAACAAUGGGGAGAGUGCUAGAGAGAAUAAUCAUGUGGCCGAGGCGAACAAGGAUUCUAAAUUCCUCUUGGAGUUGGACAGGCGGCUUAAGGUUAAUGACGGAGGAGCUGGAAAUCAAUUGGUUCAGAAGGUUACUACUGAUACUGCCCAUACAAAGGAUGAGGGGACAGUUAGGUUGGUGGCUAAGGGUAGUGGUCCCUGGUCUGAUGGUAAGGAAAAGCUCAAGGACAAGAGUCUUGAUGCUAAGAAGAUUGAUGGGAAAGGUAUCCAGAUUGAGGUUCGCUCUAUUGGAAAUGCAACAGAUCAGAAUCACGUUGGAAGUCUUGAUGCUAAGAAGAUUGAUGGGAAAGGUAUUCAGGGUGAGGUUCGCUCUAUUGGAAAUGCAGCAGGUCAGAAUCAUGUUGGAAAUUUUGAUCCUAGAAUUGAUAGACUGCCCAAACUUGUGGCGAAGCAUUUUGACAGGAACUUGGAAGCAACAAUCGAAGGGAAGGAAAAGGUUAAGGAAAAGAAAGAUGAAGCAAGAGAAAAGGUUAAGGAAAAGAAAGAUGAAGGAAAGGAAAAGGCCGAGGAAAAGAAAAACGAAGGAGAAGAGAAAAUUAAGCAAAAGAAAGAUGAUAAACGGGGAGUUAAAAGAAAAGAUAAAGAGAAGGAGAAGAAAGGGCAUGGGAAGGACAAAGAUAGGGAUAAAGAGAAGAAAAAGGAGGAGAAAUCUAAGGAGCAUACUGAACUGAAAGCCACAGAGCAGAGUAAAUUCAAAGAAAGCAACAACAUUGGUCCUCUAGGUGUAAAUUCUUUCCCACGGAUUUCUACGAACAGCUAUGAGAAUGCUGUUAGUGGAGUUAAUCUUGAGAAUGCUGUUAGUGGAGUUAAUCACAAGAAACGGAAGAACAUCGAGUCAAAUGGAGUUCCACGUGUCAAUGAUAGUUGUCCCAACAAGAUGCUGAAACCAUCUUCCUCCUCUCAUCCCUUCACGGAAAAUGGAAGGAUAUUGGAACCUUGUCAGAUUUCCAUUCCAAAUGCCUCCUAUGGUCCAGGAGUGGCCAACAGUGUUAAGGUAGAUAAUAAGGAAUGCAAGAUAAAUGGCACCAUUGAAGUUCAACCAUUUAAAAUUCCUUCAAACAAAACUCACAUUGCUACCAUGUCAAUGGAUGAUCUGUUAACUGAAGCAAAUGCAAAACCACCUCAUCCAGACUCCAAAUACUUAAGUCAGGUAUAUACUGUGCCUAAAGUGGAGUUGUCUGAUCUUGAUGAUCAUGAAUGGUUAUUUGACAGUGGUCUUUCACAAGAAAGAAAAUCCGUGGUGAAAUCUCCAGAGGUUGGGCAGACACCACAGGUAUGGGCAGAAGCUCUGCACAUAGAGCAAGCAGAUGUUAUUGCUCUCCCAUAUGUCAUCCCUUACUGAUUGAUUAUUUAAUCGGCACGCGAUACUUCACCUGUAUGUGCGAAAGACGACUUCUUUUGGCACCCUGCAAGAGAGGAACUGCAUCCUCUAGUGAUCUAAUUCCAAAUAUCCUGAUGGGUUCCAUUGUAGUUUGCACAGCUGCAACAAAUAAUAUGUGAAUGAUUGUGUUGAUCUUUAGAUGUUUGAAUGACCGUCACAAGUUGUUGCGUUCGGUGCAUUGCAUUGCUGCAGGUGAGGUUGGAGGAUCUGCAUCAUAGUAUUCAUUUAGACACAGAUUUUAUACUGGCAGCCAGGGAGUGGACGAGGGGAGGGAGAGAUAAAAGCUUCAUGCAACUUGUUUAUUCUAUUUUUGCUGAGAGCUGAGUUGCUCUUUCUAAUUGAAAAUGAGAUUGUAAGUGAAACUAGAUGUGGUCAUUGCAACUCCACCACAAUUUUGAUUUGUAACAUAGAGCUCCUAUUUACAAGAAUGUGUAUGAAUGAUAGAGAAGGGAAAAAAGGUAAUCGGAUUCAUUUAUUCAGUUCCCACUAAAUUUUUUGGUCAUCUCAACAUAGUAGACAAGGUUGAAUUCA